AUUCCAAAUGUGAGAGAAGGUAGUAAAGCACGUGGAAGCCUCCUGUUCCCUAUAAGAACCUCUGAAAUCGCAGCGGGUCUGGGUGCUGCUGACGGGGAGUGGGUAGGAAGAGCUUCCUGAAGCUCAGCGAAGCGGCUGCCCCUUCAUACAGCCUAGGAGCCGGACAGCUGCUUUUCUGCCUCUCUCCCUGCUCUUUUUGAAGAUUCUGCAACCAGGGCACAGCCACCUUUAUGGCAACCGCUACGCUGGUGAUAAGGUGAUCAGACUUAUUCCCAGUACAGAAGAAGAAGCCAAUGCACUGAAGAAAAUGUACCACCAACUUAAGAGUUCCCUAAAAGAAUGAAGACACUGGCACCUAAGAGAAGAUAAAGUAACUAAAUCUUACCAGAUCAGAGAUCAAGGCCCUGUACCAGACUAAGGCUGGAAAUGCAGAAAGAGAAGGUCCCAUGCGACAUGACUGUAAAGGUGGACCUGUGGCAGCCCAGCAGUAUCUUCCAUGUAUCAAAAGGAGCAGUUACUGAUGUUCAUAUUCCCAAAAAUGGUUCCCAAGUCCUGUUAGCCUUCUUACAGGAAGCCAACAUCCAGUACAAGAUCCUCAUAGAAGAUCUUCAGAAAACACUGGAAAAGGCAAGCAGUUUGCGAACCCAGAGAAAUCGAAGAUACCUUUCUGGAUAUAAUUAUGAAGUUUAUCACUCCUUAGAAGAAAUUCAGAAUUGGAUGCAUCAUCUGAAUAAAACUCAUUCAGGCCUCAUUCAUGUGUUCUCUAUUGGAAAAUCAUAUGAGGGAAGGUCUCUUUUUGUUUUAAAGCUGGGCAGAAGAUCACGAACUUACAAAAGAGCUGUCUGGAUAGACUGUGGUAUUCAUGCAAGAGAAUGGAUUGGUCCUGCCUUUUGUCAGUGGUUUGUAAAAGAAGCUCUUCUAACAUAUAGGAGUGACCCAAUCAUGAGAAAAAUGUUGAAUCAUCUGUAUUUCUAUAUCAUGCCUGUGUUUAACGUUGAUGGAUACCACUUCAGCUGGACCAGUGAUCGAUUUUGGAGAAAAACAAGGUCAAGGAACUCAAGGUUUCGCUGCCGUGGAGUUGAUGCCAAUCGUAACUGGAAAGUGAAAUGGUGCGAUGAAGGAGCUUCUAUGCACCCUUGCGAUGAUACCUACUGUGGACCUUUCCCAGAAUCUGAGCCGGAAGUGAAAGCUGUAGCCACCUUCCUCCGAAAACACAGGAAGCACAUUAGGGCUUACCUCUCCUUUCAUGCAUAUGCUCAGAUGUUGCUAUAUCCCUAUUCUUACAAAUAUGCAACAAUCCCCAAUUUCAGCUGUGUGGAAUCUGCAGCUUAUAAAGCUGUGAAUGCACUUCAGUCGGUAUAUGGGGUACAAUAUAGAUAUGGACCUGCCUCCAGCACAUUGUAUGUGAGCUCUGGUAGCUCAAUGGAUUGGGCCUACAAAAAUGGAAUACCCUACACAUUUGCUUUUGAACUUCGUGACACCGGACAUUUUGGAUUUUUACUCCCAGAGAUGCUCAUCAAACCGACCUGUACAGAGACCAUGCUGGCUGUGAAGAACAUCACAAUGCACCUACUAAAGGAAUGUCCCUGAGACAGCCCAAGGGUCAGGGCAACCACCAGAGAGAGAGCUAAUUCUGUGCAAGAGCCACCUGGCAGUGGGGGAAAUUUUUUUUUAAAGAGAAGAGCAAUUUCUUAGAAUGAACAUAUCUGUGCACUUUAAAAGGACCAACUCAUGCAAUUCUCAUUUCUGUGGCAAUAAAAAAUUGGUAAAAAAAAAAAAAUUGAACAUACCCUAGUUUGCUGUAAGAGAAGCAUCCAUGUUAUAUGCGUUUAGAGUUCUAUUUGAUUAAGGGGGAGAGGGGAUAUUUUCAAACUCUAUUGUCUCAAGAAAUGUACACAUUAAGGAUUUCACUGCAAUAAAUCUCCUUUUCUCAGUUAA